AUGAUUCCCAUCCAGUCGCGCAUACGCGACAUGGCGCUGGCCAAAUCCAGCACCGUGACCCCCGUGGCCAGCACCGACCCGGCCCAGGUCAGCUUCAGUUGGAGUGGUAGUUCCUUUGAGUGCUCACCACUCUCCAACCCAUCUGCGCCUCCUCCCACUCCGGCCGACUCUCUCCUCGACAUCCACCCCCGCAAGUCUUCUUUCUCCAGCGAGUAUGGCAUGGGCGCUGCGUGUGCCUUCCCCUCCUGGCCCAACCGCCCGUCCCUGUCCACCGGUGACUCUAACGACUCGUUCACCAACGCCUAUCUCUCCGACGAAGACCUGCUCUGGAUGCCCGAGAAUGCCGGCACAGAACCCCCCGCGCUGGAAGACUCCGCCGCCCAGGCCCGCAAGAUGGUCUCCUCGAUGACCAUGGAGCAACAGCUGGCACGCAUGCGCGCCGUAGCCGAGGAAGAAGAUCGCCUCCGCUUCCUGGCCAAAGUGGAAGCCCACGCCCGCGCAACCCAGGCCUUGCGACAGACGAAGAUGACCAUGCACGACCGCGACAGCUCCAAGCACGAGAAGCGUCGAGUGGUUCCGAGCCCAAAGCGACGCGCCCACUCGUCAUCAGCCAAGGUGCCAACCGUUGCGCACUGCACCUGA